AUGGCUUCUGUUCCUUUUUUCAAGACUCCAUUGACACCAGAAGAAACAAAUUUCUUCAAUCAAAAAUUUAAACAACUAGAUGUGAAAAAUCUUGGUGUGGUCACAGGAGAGGUCGUAAGACCUCUCUUUGCAAGCACAAAUUUACCUUCUACCACUCUGUCACAAGUCUGGGCGCUUGCAGAUGUCAAUAACAAAGGGUUUCUGAAUUUUCAGGAAUUUAGUGCUGCUCUAAGAAUAAUUGCAAAUUUGCAAAAAUUUCCAAACGCCACAUUAUCCGCAAAUUUGUACGAUUCUCCAUGUCCACAAUUACCUACAUUCAAUGACGGUAGCCGUGCACCAAGCGCUAGUGCUACAACUCAACUACCCUUGCCUUCAACAAAUGACAUUGCAAAAUUUUCACAAUUAUUUGAUAGAACAACUAAUGGUGCUACACUAAUCCCAGGCGAUCAGGCAAAAGAUAUCUUUUUAAAGGCAAGAUUAUCAAAUCAGACUCUGGGUGAAAUUUGGGCUCUUUGUGAUAGAAAUGCUUCAGGUUCUUUAGACAAAAAUGAGUUCGUAAUGGCAAUGUUUUUAAUUCAACUAUCUAUGUCAAAUCAUCCAUCCAUGUCAUCUCUUCCAGCUGCUUUACCAGCACAUUUAUGGUCCGUGGUUGCCAAUGGCACAGCUGGUCCUAUAAGUACACAAUCCACAGGAAGUAAUAAUGCCCCACUUAAGAGACAAUCGACCAUUUCACGUCUUUCAUCAGGUGCCUUUACAAAUGUCUCACAAAAUUGGUCGUUAUCUUUUGAACAAAAACAACAAUUUGAUAGAAUUUUCGACGCCCUGGACAAAAAUCACGCUGGUUCUCUUGGAUCUCAAGUCCUUGUACCUUUCUUUGUCUCUUCAAAAUUAAGUCAAGAAACUUUAGCAACUAUUUGGGAUUUGGCGGAUAUUCACAAUAACGCUGAGUUUACUAAGAUGGAAUUCGCUAUUGCCAUGUUUUUGAUCCAGAAGAAAAACUCUGGAGUAGACUUACCUGAUGUGAUUCCAAAUGAACUAUUACAUUCACCUGCUUUAGGUUUAUCACAACAACAACCUACUCAACCACCUGCCACAAUCCCAUCAAGAGCAACAAAACCAUCUUUCAAUGAACCUCUGCAGCAACAGCCACAACACUUGCUUAAUCAGCCUGCCCCUCCUGUUCAACAACAAAACUCAGGUUCAUUAAAUGAUUUGUUGGCUUUGAACAGUUCAUUCACAUCUCCUUCCCCAAGCAAUUUACAAGCUAAUAAUGUUGCAAAUAAUACAGGCUCUCCAUCAAGCCAACAUGUUGCUCCACACUCUUCAGUAGGUUUGAAGAAAUUCCACCCAACUUCUCAAUUUGGUCAAACAAUAAUUAAAGAGGAAGAAGAAGAGGAAGAAGCUCCAAAAUAUUCCCAACAAUCUCAACAACUUCAUUCUUCCGUAUCACCAGCUCAUAGAACAGCCUCUGUAACUCUAGCACAAGUCCCAAACUUUGCUAAUUUGAGUAUUUCAAACCAUAGUACUGGUUCUCCAAUGAAUGCUCCAUCUACUGCUUUAAGAAACAAUGACCUUUAUGCUGAUGCUGAUGCUUCUGCCCAAUUAUCAAAGGAAACAACCGAAUUAGCUAAUUUAUCCAAUCAAGUUAAUUCAUUAACCAAACAAGCUUCUAUCACUAAUGAUAAGAAAUCCAGAGCUUCGCAAGAAUUAAAGCGUGUCAUUGAAAUGAAACUGUCCAUUCAAGAUAAAUUAGGAAAAAUUAGAGCUGCUCACGAAGAAAACGUCAAGAAAACAGAAAUGUUGGAAAACCAAUUGAUUGAAUUAAACAAUGAAAAUAACUCUUUGCAACAACAAUUUAGUGUUACUGAAGCAAAUUUCCAAGCUAGUGAAAACAAAAUGAAUGAAGUCACUUUACAAUUCAACAACGCCACUAGGGAAAAUCAAGAACUCAAGGCCAAAAUUUCUCAAUUCAAUGAACAAAACAAUUUGUUACUAUCUCAAUUAAAUGAGAAGCAGGCUCUUUUGCAAAAAGAAAUGUCUAUUGCCGAUGUUAAUAGAAAACAGGUAGAGCUAAAUGACAUCACAGUGGCGAACCUAACAAACGAAAUUAGUGGUUUAGAUGAAAAAUUACAGAUUUUCAUUAGCAAGACAAAUGAAUUGAAUGAUUAUCAGAAGACACUGGAAUCCAAACACGCUCAAUUAGAAGACAAAUACAACGACUUGAAUGAGCGUGAAUCACAAUUAAACGAACGUACUAAACAAAUCGAAGAACAAGAACAACUUUAUAAUGAAAACAUCAAGAAUUUACAAAUUAUGUUCGACGAAUUAGCAGGAAAGAAACAGCAGUUUGAAAAAGCAGAAAAUGAACUGAAGCAACAACAUCUUGAAUAUGCAGCACAUGUCCAAGAACUAUCGGAAAGACAACUAAACUUAGCUAUGGGUGAACUUCCAGAUGAUGCGGAAGAUAUAAUUGCAGAAAAUAAGAAGUUCAAAGAAGCUAGUGCUGGUGACAAAGCUGCUGCAUUUAAUGAAGAUGAUGUGGCUAAAUUUGUUGAUGGUACAGUUGCAAAUUCAAAAUUGGUGGCUCAUGAGAAUGAAAAUGAUGAUGAAUUGAAAACAGAAAACACUGAGAGUGAUGUUUUCGACAAAAAUGAUUUACCUGCUACUGAUAGUGUACAAGGUGAAAAUGACAACAACACCACUGCUACAACUAUUUCGAAUGAUAACCGUGAAAAUUUGCAUGAAAAUGAGAAUCUAUCUGAUAGAUUUGAAGGUGAUUUGAAUGAAUAUGGUAUUCCAAGAACGCAGUCAUUCACUUCAUCUGUUGCAAAUAAUGCACCACAAUCAGUGAGAGAUGAAAAUGAAGCAAUUGCUGAAUUACCAGAAGGCAAAGAAGAAAUGAAUGGCACUGACACUGUUCUUGAGAAUGAGCCUAUCCCAGGUGAAUGGUCAAGCACUCCUAUUCCGGAAUCUGCUGUAGAUGAGGAAGAAUUACCUUCUGAAACUGUAGUAGAAUCACAAACUGUUGAUGAAAAUGAAAGUGAUUCUGACAGGUCCAUUCAACAAUCACCUGUACAAGUAGCUUUAGAUAAAGUGGAAAACCCCACUAACGCUGUGGAACCAGUUAUAGAGCAUCCUGGGCCAGUUGCUGAAGGAAUACUGCUACAGGAGGAUAAAGAAAUCCAUCCGAUUGAUCAAGAAUUCCCACCUAUUCAAGAAUUAGAAAUCAACGAAAGUGAUUCUUCAUCGGAAGAUGAAUUUGAAGACACAAGAGACGUUCUAAAUGCCACACCAACCAACGAACAGCCAAGGACAAGUGGCAAUGAUGAAUUUGCAGACGAAUUUGCGGGUUUGGAACAAGCUGCCCUUGAAGAAGACGAGGAACCCAAUGACAAUAGAUUCAAUACAGAUGAAUUUAUGGAACCAUUUGAACCAAUCUCACAUACUGAUUUGGAUGAAGAAUUGGAUGAUGUCGCAUUUGUGGGUACCAAUCAAAGAUCCACAACUAUAUCACCAGAAGGUAAUGCUGCUAAUGUUAGUAACGAUGAAUGGGAUGAAAUCUUUGCUGGGUUUGGUAACGGAAGGCAACCAGCUCCAGCAAAACAAGAAGUGUCUCAAGCUAAAAGCAGUGUACCAAUCGACCGUGGAAUUGCAACUACACCAAAAUCUCUAGCUAUUGAAGAACUGAGUGGUAUGGGAUUUGCUGAAGAAGAAGCCAAGAACGCCCUAGAAAAAUGUAACUGGGACUUAGAAGCCGCCACCAAUCUUCUAUUGGAUGGUGCAUAA